GCCGCUUGACAGCCGAUCCGGCUGUUAAGUUGACUGGUUGACGGUUGUGAGUAAUCAAAUGGAAUAGUAGUAUGUAAUUGUAGUGCUCGUUUGUUUGGCUUACAUAAAGAAAUCGAGUUGUUGUCACGUCAAUAUUGCAGAUCUAUUCCAUUCAGUUGCUAACAUUGUCCAUUAGCCAUUUCUCAUUUGGUCGUUUCAACAAUGGAUAGCACAACUUCAUCAUCAAAUGAAACGUUCAUGUACUUUGCCUAUGGAAGCAAUCUGCUCUCGAGACGAAUUCAUUUCCAAAAUCCAACGGCCGUACGGAGAGGCACCGGAAAAUUAAAGGACUACAGAUUAGACUUCAACACGCAGUCACGAAACUGGAACGGCUGCUCAGCAACAAUUGUCGAGCAUGAGGGUCGCCAUGUUUGGGGCGCUGUAUGGGAAAUCGAUAUGGUCAACAUGGCAGACUUGGAUAGACAGGAAGGUGUCGAAAGAAAUCUGUACAAGGCUCUAACAAAGGACGUAGAUACACCGACGGGCGAGCAAAUCACUUGUCGUGUAUAUCAGAAAGUAACCAAUCCCGACGAGAACUACGAACUUGAGGACUUACCGAUUGAUCGUCAACCGAGUCGGACAUAUUUGAAUUGCAUUUGGAAGGGAGCGGAAGAAAGCCAGUUGCCAAUUGAAUACAUCGACAAGUUGAAAAGGAUUCCCCACAAUAAUCGGGAUGCCAAUAAUCCGACGUUUCGGGAAUUGUCCGAAUAACAUUCUUAUGCAGACCGUGGGGAUUUAAGUGCAUCAGUACACCAACGAAAUAUUACCAACGUUUGCCAGCAAUUAAGUUUCCUUUUCGUCGAUGAAAUUUGUUUUUAAUUUUGUAAAGAUAAUUGCCUCAUCUUAACCUGAAGUGCGCCUUACAUUUGUACGUUGAAUGCCAAAUAUAUGAAGUGUAAUUGCAA